AUGACCGCGCUGCUCGUCCCGCUCGUCUGGCUGUGCUUGCUGCCGCAAGGGAGCACAAGCAAGAAAUUACCUGGAGUGGAGCAAUACGAGGUAGUUUAUCCACAGAAAUUGCACACCAUACAUAAAAGAGAUGCAGAAAGAAACAAUACAAAGACAAAAUACGACGACACGAUGGUGUAUGGAAUCAAAGCCAGCGGGGAGGAAGUCAUACUCCACCUUCGAAAAAAUAAGCAUCUAUUAGCUAGAGACUACACUGAAACAGUUUACUCGGAGGAUGGUCAACAAAUAACAACCAGCCCCCAGAUCAAGGAUCACUGUUACUAUGAAGGUUAUGUUCAAAAUGAUGCUGACUCACUAGCAAGUAUCAGCGCGUGCAAAGGUUUAAGCGGAUAUUUUGAGACCCACGGUCAGAAAUACCUUAUUGAACCCUUGGGAAGCUCGGAUAGAGAAGAACACGCAGUCUAUAAAUACGAGAAACUUGAAGACAAGUCCAUAAAAACGUGCGGGGUCAUCAACGGUACCUGGGAACUGGAGGCCCACGACGCCACCGAGACCUUCAAGUCGAGCAACGAUCCCGAGAUGAAAGCAUAUCUGAAAGCAAAAAAAUACCUGGAAGUUUACAUAGUUGCAGACAACACCAUGUUUAAGAAGUAUAACGAAGACGUUAAAGCUGUCAGAGAAAGGAUAUUUGGAAUAGUCAACUUCAUCAACAUGGUUUAUAAGGCCAUAAAUAUCCACGUGGCACUAAUAGGCCUGGAGAUCUGGACGGAUAACGACAAGUGUGCCCUGAGCCCCGCGGCGGGGUCCACUCUGGACAGCUUCUCCAAGUGGCGCCGCUCGGAUUUGCUGCAAAGGAAGAGGAACGACAACGCGCAGCUGGUCACAGGGUUUGACUUCGAGGGCACCACAGUUGGACUAGCCUUUCUGAAAUCCAUAUGCAGUGAUGUAUAUUCUGCAGGUAUUAUUCAGGAUCACAACAGAAACGAAAUUGCGGUUGGAGCCACCAUGGCCCACGAGAUGGGCCACAACCUGGGCAUGAGCCACGACACCAAGGCCUGCACGUGCAGCACCAAGGUCUGCAUCAUGACGGACACCGUCAGCUCUGUAAUCCCCGAGAGGUUCAGCUCGUGCAGCCUCCAAGACUUUGAGAAAUACAUGUUGAACGACAUGCCAAAAUGCUUAACUAACGUCCCAGACGUAAGCAACAUCGUGGCCCCCUCGAUCUGCGGAAACAGCUUUGUGGAAAAGGGGGAAGAGUGCGACUGCGGGACUCCUGAGUACAAGAAGCCGGGAGCUGUUUGCCGGGCGGUCAAGCACGACUGCGACCUGGCCGAGAUGUGCACGGGCGCCUCGGAGCAGUGCCCGGCCGACCGCUUCCGCGUCAACGGGCACCCCUGCGACUCCGGCAGGGGCUACUGCUACAUGGGGAACUGUCCCACGCGGGAGAACCAGUGCAAAGCUGCCUUCGGGCCACAGGCUACCGAAGGUGCAGCUUCCUGUUACCGGAUGAACGAGAAAGGGGUAUAUUAUGGAUACUGCAGAAAAGAAAAGGGUAGUCACUCCCCAUGCAAGAAAAAAGACAUCAUGUGUGGGAAGCUGUUCUGUGCUGGGGGCAGGGAGAUGCCUCUGUACGGCAGCCUGGUGACUUUUGAGUCGUGCAAAGCCAGCUUUCCACACCACGGAGAAGCAGAUCCAGGGAUGAUCCUCCAUGGAACCAAGUGCGGAGAUGGAAUGGUGUGCAGCAACGGCGAAUGCGUCUACGUGGAAGACGCCUUCAGAUCCACCAACUGCUCUGCAAAGUGCUCCGGACAUGCUGUGUGCGACCACGAGCUGCAGUGCCAGUGCGAGGAGGGCUGGGCGCCGCCGGCCUGCGACAGCUCCACGGCCCUCACCAGUGAGUACGGCGGGGCCGGCUCCGCGGCCGUCCUCGCCAUCACGGCGGCUGCAGCGGUGCUACUGACCCGUUUCCGAGUAUUCAAGAGAUGCCAGAGCAGGAGGGGGCCUGGAGCUGCCAACCAGGUGUUUGGGACCCAGGAGCACCUCGCCACGGCGGUGCCCGCACGCACGAUGAACGAUAAGAAGCUCCUGCUCCCCAUCCCUGCAGCCCAGGAGGCCAAGGCGCCGCGCCAGAGCCCUGCCAUGAGGCCCAAGGGGCCCCCGCCUCCCGUCCCAUCCACCAAACCAGCCUCUGCUCCCGCUGGAGAGAGCUUUGCACCAGAAAGAAAAUCUGCUCCCUUCCCAGUUCCCAAAGGCAAACCUCCACCUCCUCCAAAGGCUUUAAAACCUCCUGCUAAUCCCCGAGUGUGA